GGCCACGCACUCUCGGGAUGGAGGGCGAGGGCCGGGCAUCUCGGGCGCGCUCCUCGGGCCUCCCGGCUGGGGGCGCCGGCGAGGACUGCCCGGGGGGCGCCGCCCCCCUCCCGGGCAGCAGCGGCUCCUCCGCGCUGCUGCCGGCCGAGGUGCUGGAUCUGGACGAGGACGAGGACGACCUGGAGGUGUUCAGCAAGGAUGCCUCAUUGAUGGACAUGAAUUCCUUCAGCCCUAUGAUGCCCACAUCCCCUUUAUCAAUGAUAAACCAAGUCAAGUUCGAAGAUGAGCCAGAUUUGAAAGAUCUUUUCAUUACAGUUGAUGAACCCGAAAGCCAUGUUACUACAAUUGAAACUUUCAUUACUUACAGGAUUAUCACUAAGACAUCUCGUGGGGAAUUUGACUCCAGUGAAUUUGAAGUUAGGAGACGUUAUCAAGACUUCCUUUGGUUGAAAGAAAAACUUGAAGAAGCACACCCCACUCUGAUUAUUCCCCCAUUGCCAGAAAAGUUUAUAGUGAAAGGAAUGGUGGAACGCUUCAACGAUGACUUCAUUGAGACACGCAGAAAGGCAUUGCAUAAAUUUUUGAACCGAAUUGCUGAUCACCCAACUCUAACAUUUAAUGAAGACUUCAAAGUUUUUCUUACGGCACAAGCUUGGGAGCUCUCUUCUCACAAGAAGCAAGGGCCUGGAUUACUUAGCAGGAUGGGGCAGACCGUCAGAUCGGUGGCAUUGUCAAUGAGAGGAGUUAAAAGCCGCCCCGAGGAGUUCAUGGAAAUGAAUAACUUUAUUGAAAUAUUUAGCCAUAAAAUAAAUUUGAUAGAUAAAAUAUCUCAGAGAAUCUAUAAGGAAGAAAGGGACUAUCUUGACGAAAUGAAAGAAUAUGGCCCAAUUCAUAUUCUGUGGUCGGCCUCAGAAGAAGAUCUGGUCGAUACUCUAAAAGGUGUGGCCAGCUGCAUUGACAAGUGCUGUAAGGCCACCGAAAAGCGGAUGUCUGGACUCUCGGAGGCCCUACUUCCUGUCGUCCAUGAAUAUGUGCUUUACAGUGAAAUGUUAAUGGGUGUUAUGAAAAGAAGAGACCAAAUACAAGCGGAACUGGAUUCCAAAGUUGAAGCUUUGACGUCUAAAAAGGCAGAUACUGAUCUGCUUACGGAAGAGAUUGGAAAACUGGAAGAUAAAGUGGAGUGUGCCAACAAUGCCCUGAAAGCAGACUGGGAAAGAUGGAGACAAAACAUGCAGAAUGAUAUCAAGUCAGCGUUUACAGAAAUGGCCGAGGAGAACAUUUGCUAUUAUGAACAGUGCCUUGCAACAUGGGAGUCCUUCCUUACGUCGCAAACAGAUCUCCACUUGGAAGACGCUUCCGAAGAUAAAUUUUAAUUGCAUUGAAGAUUUCUUUGUGAUCUUUGGGAGAUAGCAUCUGUUAACCAAAGUUAUUAUCUCUGGAUGGUCUGUAUCCUUUAUAAAGUGGACGAAAAUUGUUUCACACUGUCUGGAAAACCAACACCUUGAAACUUGUAUUCCAGAUCAUUGAUAGGUAAUUGGAGAUAUAUAUGCAUAUAUAUAUAUAUAUAUAUAUAUAUAUAUAUAUAUAUAUACACACACAUAUAUAUAUAUAUAAAUAUUUAGCUUAGAGUUUUAACUAUGUUCUUAAAUUUUUAUGCAGAUAACUAUACAUAGAAAGUUUUUUUUCCUAAAUAUUUGUCUGUGAACAUGUCAUUUUAAAUAUAUGACUCAGUUUUAAUAAAAAAUUUAAUAUGAAA